GGCUGCCCUGCCCUGCCCAGUGUAAUCCCCGAGCCUAGGGCCACAACUCUGCUUCUUGCUGACUGACCCAUGAGCCUGCUCGGUAGCUACCGCAAAAAAACCAACAAUGACGGUUAUGAGUCUUUGCAGCUGGUGGAAACCAACGGGGAACCGAGUAGCAGCGGCACAGAGCGAGCAGGGAGCAAGGCGGGACUGAGCCCGGCAACGGUAGCUUCUUCCGGGGGCCCAGCACCUUCAGCAUCGCCCGUAUCCAAGAGCCCCGCCAGGCAGCCAGGCUUCAGCACCAUGGACAGCUCAGGUGCCUCUUCUCCAGACAUGGAGGCCAACUAUGGGACUGGUCUCUUGGACAUGGUCAAAGGAGGAGCGGGUCGUCUCUUUAGCAACCUAAAGGAUAAUUUAAAGGACACUCUAAAGGACACAUCUACUAAAGUAAUGCAGUCUGUUGCCAGUUACACUAAAGGAGAACUUGACAUUUCCUACAUAACCUCAAGGAUUAUUGUAAUGUCAUUCCCAGCAGAAGGUGUUGAAUUAGGAUUCAGAAACCACAUUGAAGACGUGCGCUCCUUUCUAGAUUCAAGGCAUUUGGACCAUUACACAGUAUUUAACCUGUCACAGAAGUCUUACCGUAGUGCCAAGUUUCACAACAGGGUUUCAGAAUGCAGUUGGCCUAUACGACAAGCUCCCAGCUUGCAUAAUCUAUUUGCUGUUUGUAAGAAUAUGCACAACUGGUUACAGCAGAAUCCAAAAAAUGUUUGUGUUAUUCACUGCAUGGACGGUCGUACAGCCUCUGCUGUUUUGGUUAGUGCUAUGUUUUGUUUCUGCCAUCUCUUCUCAAAUCCGACUCCUGCAAUUCAGUUGCUGAAUGCAAAGCGCCCAGGUAUAGGACUAUGGCCAUCACAUAGGAGGUAUAUUGCAUAUAUUUGUGAUUUAGUAUCUGACAAACCGACACAACCUCACUACAAGCCCAUUGUGAUCAAAACUGCCACCAUCAGCCCUGUGCCGUGUUUUAACAAGCAGAGGAAUGGCUGUCGUCCAUUUUGUGAGAUACUUAUUGGGGAAACAAGAAUUUUCAGUACAAUGCAAGAUUAUGAACGAAUGAAGGAGCAUCGUGUCCAAGAUGGCAAAGUUGUUUUUCCCCUUGGGGUCACAGUCCAUGGUGAUGUCCUAGUUUCUAUAUUCCACAUGAGAUCUACUAUUGGGGGAAGGCUUCAAGCAAAGAUGACAAACACUCAAAUACUGCAGAUUCAAUUUAAUACUGGAUUUAUAUCACUCGGAACAACUGUGUUAACAUUUACAAAACCUGAAUUUGAUGCCUGCGAUGCUCCAGAGAAAUACCCUCAGCUUUGUCAUGUGAUGCUGGAUAUUGAAAUCGAGGCCAACGACAGACAAACAGACCUCUCUCCUCCCUGGGAGAACUUUGCAUCAAAAGAUGUUAACCCCAGCAUUCUGUUUUCUUCCCAUCAGGAACACCAAGAUGCUCUAGCUAUUGGUGGUAGAGCUGUUGCCGAGCAACCUCAAGACAACCUAAAGAACGUGGGGCAAGGGGCAUUUUUUUCCUCUUUGUCUUGGCAAGAUCAAAAGUCAGACAAGACUGGUUCUCAUCCUGUUUCAGAAGACCGUGCUGCAUUAGUGCAUGAAGAAAGCGAACCGUCCGAUGAUGAGCUCCUAUCCCUUUCCAGCCAACAUAGUAGCACAAGUGGGGAUAAACAACAUGGUACCCCAAAGCACAAAAGAAAUGAGCCAGCAGUUCCUCCAGCCCCACCUGAGGAUGUAGAUCUUUUACUUCUUGAUGGGAGCUCAGAGGACAAAGCACCUUCGUCUCAGCCAAACGUUCCUCCUACUAAUGCAGACUUACUAAGUGAUAUUUUUGGGGGUGUCCCCCAGGGAACUCCAACUGCUGGAGAAACUUUUUUUCAAUCGGGUGGAAUGAGUUCUGCACAAUCAACUCCAAGGCGGUCAGCAGCAUCUCCAUCUCCUUCACAAUCACCAAGAAUAGGAGAAGCUGCCACCUUUGACGUAUUUGGAUCUAGUCCUAAGCAGCCAGCCCAGGACUUACUUGGUCCCUUCCUCAGUGCUUCCAAUACCACAAGUGGAGAUCCUUUCUUGCACACUACAAGAAGCCCCUCACCUACUGUUCAGGUUGAUCCAUUCAACAUAACGCCACCAACAGUGUCUAUUCAGCCUGAUGAAUCUGGGCCAUGGAACUGGGGAAAUGCAACGAGUAAACCAAGUGGUCUUGGGGUAGGAAGCAGAUCAGCAGCCACCAGCCCAACAGGAUCACCGCAUUGCACCCCUCUGCAUCAGUCUAAGCCACAGAGCCUUGACCCUUUUGCUGACCUCGGGGCUUUAGGUGCUAAUUUAGCUGGCGGGUCUUCAUUUGCCAGUAAACCAACAACACCAACAGGUUGCAGUGCAGGUUUUCCACCUGUUAGUUCACCACAACACAUAGGAGCAGGGAACUGGCAGCAGAAUGCGGGAUACUCUUGGUCGCAGACACAGGCAAAACCGCAACAAAAUGUACCACACUCAUCACCACAAAACAGACCGAACUAUAAUAUCAGCUUUUCUUCCACGGGAGUUGGUCAAAAUGAUCGUGGAAAAGCUUCCCCCAAUCCUGAAUCAAAGCAAAAAGUUGCUGCAAAUUUUGAAGACUUAUUGUCAAGUCAGGGAUUUAAUGCUCACAAAGAACGGAAAGGGCCAAGAACGAUUGCUGAAAUGAGAAAAGAGGAGAUGUCCAAGGAAAUGGAUCCAGAGAAGUUAAAGAUUUUAGAUUGGAUUGAAGGUAAAGAAAGAAAUAUCAGAGCACUACUUUCUACAAUGCACACCGUGUUGUGGUCAGGAGAAACUAAAUGGAAACCUAUCAGUAUGGCUGAUCUUGUAACUCCAGAACAGGUUAAGAAAGUCUAUCGCAAAGCAGUCUUAGUUGUCCAUCCUGAUAAGGCAACUGGACAGCCAUAUGAGCAAUAUGCAAAGAUGAUUUUUAUGGAGCUAAAUGAUGCCUGGUCAGAAUUUGAUAAUCAAGGCCAGAAACCAUUAUACUAGUCAUCUACUCUCUCCAUGCCCAUAUCCGAUCCCUGGUCAAGAUUCCACCUCAUAAAUGACCAACCAUGUUGACAAAAAUAAGAAACAAUUGGUUGUAUAUUUUGUUUUUAUUUUUACAUAUUAAUACAGUCUUAAUGCUGAUUAUUUUAUGUGAGAUAUGAAAAAAACACUUCUUUUUUAAGCUUACUAAAAAUAUGGAUACCUGCUAAAAUAAUUCCCCUGUUCUUCAACAUCUCAGAAUGGUAUGUUAUAUUUUUAAAUUUAAAAACCCAGUUUAUUUUCUUGCUUUUUAGAUUUAUUUAUGUAUUUAUUUAUAUAUUUUUAUUUAUGUAUUUAUUAAAUUCAUUUUUAAAAACAUUUAUUGUAUACUAAAAAAAAUAAAGGAAUAAUAACAGCUCCCAUCUUGCACACAACACUAAGUUCCCAUAUAUACUAAUAUACAUUAAAAUUAUAAUAAAAUUUCCUGCUGGUUCUGGUGGUCAGUAGGAACGCUGACUCAUAACUUCUAACCUUCUGUUAAAUGGCUGCUGAAAUGAGGCAACAGUGACAUCUACAAGCAAUAAGCAUUAGAGGAUAUUUGAUUUCCUAGUUCACAUUCUAAUUAUACAUAUAUAGAUAUACAUACAUAAACAUAUAUAUAUAUAUAUAUAUAUAUAUAUAUACACACACACACACACAUAUAUACACACACACAGGUAUACCUCACUUUACAGCACUUCGCUAAUACAGUGCUUUGUGGAGCUGAAGUUCAACCUCCAAGGAAUUUAAAACAGUGCUGUAAUCAUCAUGAGAUUGCGAGAAAGUGACUGGCACCAUUUUAUUAUGCUUAGUUCACUCUGUUUACAGCAUUACAGUGCAAUCUGUGUCUCAGUGCUAUAGUGUGGAAAAUUGUACUACAGUGAUUGUCACUAUUUUACAGGUACAGUAUUUAUUGAAUGCUGUGCAAGUGAUAAACUAAACUUAGCGCUAUUGCACACCUAAUAUAUGUUAGUUAAAACAUGUUUUUAAACACACUGGCAAUUGAAAAGAAAGCUAAAGCCUUGUUUCACUUUAAGGCGGUUUUCACUUUACAGCGGGGCUCCGGUCCCUAACCCGCUGUAUGAGCGGGAUAUACCUGUAUAUGUGUGUGUGUAUAUAUAUAUAUAUAUAUAUAUAUAUAUAUAUAUAUACAUAUACACAUACACACACACAUAUAUAAACAUACAUAUAUACAUACAUUUAUACAUACAUACACACACAAAGUUACUUGUCCACUCAUAUGCUCAAGAUACAAUUGGUGCCUGGUAAGGAAAAACAUAAUUUAUGUAAGAAUUUACCUGAUAAAUUAAUUUCUUUCAUGUAAUUGGCAAGAGUCCAUGAGCUAGUGACGUAUGGGAUAUACAUUCCUACCAGGAGUGGCAAAGUUUCCCAAACCUCAAAAUGCCUAUAAAUACACCCCUCACCACACACAAUUCAGUUUAACGAAUAGCCAAGUAGGGGGGUGAUAAAGAAAGGAGUAAAAAGCAUCAACAAAGGAAUUUGGAAAUAAUUGUGCUUUAUACAAAAAAUCAUAACCACCAUAAAAAGGGUGGGUCUCAUGGACUCUUGCCAAUAUGAAAGAAAUUAAUUUCUCAGGUAAGUUCUUACAUAAAUUAUGUUUUCUUUCAUGUAAUUGGCAAGAGUCCAUGAGCUAGUGACGUAUGGGAUAUAAAUACCCAAGAUGUGGAACUCCACGCAAGAGUCACUAGAGAGGGAGGGAUAAAAAUAAAAACAGCCACAUUCUGCUGAAAAAAUAAUCCACAACCCAAAAAAUAAGUUUAUUCUCAUAAUGAAAAGAAAAACUUAAAACAUCAGCAGAAGAAUCAAACUGAAACAACCGCCUGAAGAACUUUUCUACCAAAGACUGCUUCUGAAGAAGCAAAUACAUCAAAACGGUAGAAUUUAGUAAAUGUAUGCAAAGAGGACCAAGUUGCCGCUUUGCAAAUCUGAUCAACUGAAGCUUCAUUCUUAAAAGCCCACAAAGUGAAGACUGAUCUAGUAGAAUGAGCUGUAAUUCUCUGAGGCGGGGCCUGACCCGACUCCAAAUAAGCUUGAUGAAUCAAAAGCUUUAACCAAGAAGCCAAAGAAAUAGCAGAGGCCUUCUGACCUUUCCUAGGACCAGAAAAUAUAACAAAUAGACUAGAAGUCUUCCUGAAAUCUUUAGUAGCUUCAACAUAAUAUUUCAAAGCUCUCACCACAUCCAAAGAAUGUAAGGAUCUUUCCAAAGAAUUCUUAGGAUUAGGACACACAGAAGGGACAACAAUUUCUCUACUAAUGUUGUUAGAAUUCACAACCUUAGGAAAAAUCAGAAAAGGAGAUUCACAAGAAAGAACAGAUAACUCAGAAACUCUUCUAGCAGAAGAAAUGGCCAAAAGGAACAACACUUUCCAAGAAAGUAGUUUAAUGUCCAAAGAAUGCAUAGGCUCAAAUGGAGGAGCCUCUAAUGCCCUCAAAACCAAAUUAAGACUCCAAGGAGGAGAGACUGAUUUUAUGACAGGCUUAAUACGAACUAAAGCCUGUACAAAACAGUGAAUAUCAGGAAGUUUAGCAAUCUUUCUGUGAAAUAAAACAGAAAGAGCAGAGAUUUGUCCCUUCAAAAUAACUUGCAGACAAAACCUUAUCCAAACCAUCCUGAACUGUAAAAUUCUAGGAAUUCUAAAAGAAUGCCAAGAUAAUUUAUGAGAAGAACGCCAUGAAAUGUAAGUCUUCCAAACUCGAUAAAUCUUUCUAGAGACAGAUUUACGAGCUUGUAACAUAGUAUUAAUCACUGAGUCAGAGAAACCUCUGACUUAGCACUAAGCGUUCAAUUUCCAUACCUUCAAAUUUAAUGAUUUGAGAUCCUGAUGGAAAAACAGACCUUGAGACAGUAGGUCCGGCCUUAAUGGAAGUGGUCAAGGUUGGCAACUGGAAAUCCGAACAAGAUCCACAUACCAAAACCUGUGAGGCCAUGCUGGAGCCACCAGCAACACAAACGAUUGUUCCAUGAUGAUUUGAGAUCACUCUUGGAAGAAGAACUAGAGGCAGGAAAAUAUAAGCAGGUUGAUAACACCAAGGAAGUGUCAGCGCAUCCACUGCUUCUGCCUGAAAAUCCCUGGACCUGGACAGGUAUCUGGGAAGUUUCUUGUUUAGAUGAGAGGCCAUCAGAUCUAUUUCUGGAAGACACCACAUCUGAACAAUCUGAGAAACACAUCUGGAUGGAGGGACCACUCCCCCGGAUGUAAAGUCUGAUGGCUGAGAUAAUCCGCCUCCCAAUUGUCUACACCUGGGAUAUGAACCACAGAAAUUAGACAGGAGCUGGAUUCCGCCCAAACAAGUAUCCAAGAUACUUCUUUCAUAGCUUGGGGACUGUGAGUCCCACCCUGAUGAUUGACAUAUGCCACUGUUGUGAUAUUGUCUGUCUGAAAACAAAUGAACGGUUCUCUCUUCAACAGAGGCACAAACUGAAGAGCUCUGAGAACUGCACAGAGUUCUAAAAUAUUGAUUGGUAAUCUCGCCUCUUGAGAUUUCCAAACCCCUUGUGCUGUCAGAGAUCCCCAAACAACUCCCCAACCUGAAAGACUUGCAUCUGUCGUGAUCACAGUCUAGGUUGGGCGAACAAAAGAAGCCCCUAGAACUAAACGCUGGUGAUUUAACCACCACGUCAGAGAGACAAAGCUGGAGAGGUCUCAUGUGAAAACGAGCAAAAGGAAUCGCGUCUGAUGCUGCAGUCAUGAGACCUAAAACUUCCAUGCACAUAUCCACUGAAGGGAAUGACUGAGACUGAAGGUGCCGACAGGCUGCAACCAAUUUCAAACGUCUCUUGUCUGUUAGAGACAGAGUCAUGGACACUGAAUCUAUAUGGACACCUAAAAAGGUGACCCUUGUCUGAGGAAUCAAGAAACUUUUUGGUAAAUUGAUCCUCCAACCAUGUUUUCGAAGAAACAACUAGUUGAUUCGUGUGAGUUUCUGCAGAACGUAAAGACUCAGCUAGUACCAAGAUAUCGUCCAAAUAAGGAAACACCACAAUACCCUGCUCUCUGAUUACAAGAGAGUAGGGCACUGAGAACCUUUGAAAAGAUUCUUGGAGCUGUUGCUAGGCCAAAUGGAAGAGCAACAAAUUAGUAAUGCUUGUCUAGAAAAGAGAAUCUCAGGAACUGAUAACCACCUCCAUAGGAGGCAAAGUUUGUAAAAAUGAAUUGUGGGUGUGGUGGUGAGGGGUGUAUUUAUAGGCAUUUUGAGGUUUGGGAAACUUUGCCCCUCCUGGUAGGAUUGUAUAUCCCAUACGUCACUAGCUCAUGGACUCUUGCCAAUUACAUGAAAGAAAUGAUCGAAGGGUUACUUCCAGAAUUGGACUUGAAGAAGACACACAUUUUUGUUCUUAAGACAAUCGCAUACUUCAUACACCUGCAUUUGUAGUAUUUCUCCUUUUUUUUUUUUUUUGUAAAACAUUUAUUUAUCUGAAAGUUUUCUAAAUGUAUUAAUGUAUUUUUUUGUUACUUUAUUUAUUUGUUUUUUUUGGUCAUUUUGUUUAUAAACAGAUAUUAAAAAAUGUUGACCUAACCUUAAUACAAAGAGUGAACAUUGUUAAUAUAUUAAUUGUAGGGGAAAUGUUGAGCUUUUGAACAAAUCUUUUCUUGUUAUAAUUUAAAUUUUAAUUGAAAUGUGAAUCAUCAUGUUUAUGUGAUCUGUUAAACAUUUCCCAUUCAUCUUUGUAGAUAUUAUGAUGUGUAUUAAAUUUAUGUAAUAAUAAAAAGGAACCUGUUGAUGUAAUGUACCUAUUGCCCUCUUCAGACUGAGAUUGAUAUAUUCUGUAAUAUCUUUCUUUUCCAUAAGACAAAAUAACAUCAUAUAUAUUUAACAUAUAAUUUCCAUGCUUGUUUGUGGUUUAAAGCUAUUAAACAUGCAUUUCUUUUCUUACAAAA